AUGGAGCACCUCAGGAAGGUGCUUCUGAUGGCCAGUGUGGCCACUAUCCUUCCUGCCCAAGUUUUGUCUCAGUCCUCUCUAAGCUAUGAGAAGACCCUCUCUGUCGCCAUUCACUUCUACAACCAGGUACAUGGAAUAGAGAAUGUAUUCAAGAAACCCCAAGAUCAAAGGCUGAAGCUUCUGAGCUUUGCCAUGAAGGAGAUGGUGUGCCCAAGGACUGGGGAGCUCCCCUUGGAUCAGUGUGACUUCAAAAGAGAUGGGCUGGUGAAAAAAUGCCAAGGCUCUAUAUCAAAUGAACAAGACAUUCCUAGCAUCAUCCUCACCUGUGACCCAGUGGCCCCAGUGACCCCAGCGCCCCCUGGCUUCACAACAAGUUCCAAAAAGAAAGGGAAAAAGAAAUUACCUUAUACUGUCAUUUUUGGACGUACAGAUUUUCCAUAA